AUUCGCAUGAUACCUGACAAAAACCGUCUGAACUCAACGUCUCUCUCUCUCUCUCUCUCUCUCUCUCUUUUUCUUUCUCUCUCUCUCUCUCUCUCUCUCUCUCUCUUUCUCUCGCGCGCGCACGUCUAGCCAAGUAUAACCAUUAUAAACGGACGGACGGACAGAUGAACGGGGCACGUUUUUCGAUGUCGCGCGCCUGUAUACGGUCUUGUUACAACCGUCUAUAAGCAUUUCUUAUUGGUCGAAACGUUUGGACCAAUCAUAACGCUUUGUUAAUCGGUGCGCGCCAACGACGGUCGCGCCGUGGCCCACUGCGGUAUACGGUCGAACUAAUCGCACGAGGAAAUUGUGAAAGACUAAAGCGUGAAAAAUUGACUGAGUUUUAUCUACACUCUUUCUUUUUUUUUUUUUCUUUUGUUUCUUUGUUGUACGUGCAUGCGUAUAUAUGUGUGCGUGUAUGUGUGUUGUAUUUUUUUUUUGAAUUCGUUUUACCUUCUAUCGAUUAAAUUUUUUUUUCUUUUUUCUUUUUUUCUCUUUAACUUUCAUAUAUAUAUAUAUAUAUAUAUGAAAGUUAUAUAUAUGUAUAUAUAUAUUCGUUGCCAUGUUAAGUGCUAAGUCAAAACAUAUGUGCGAAAAUAUAAUAUCGAUCCGAUUGAUUUCUUCUUAUCAUUUCUCUUCUUUAUCAUGACCCAUUAUGAUAGUCAAAUAUUGCUUAUCACAUAGUUCUAUAAUCCCAUCGACUCUUCUCGCUAUGCCUUUUAUAUAACUGAGAAGGAAAUACGAUAUAAUACGUUUCGUCAGAUGUAGCUUGUAACAUUUUCACAGUGGAAAGGAAGCGUACAUUUUGUCUUGCGUUAAAACAAAAACAAAACGAAAAAUAAAAAAAAAAAAGAAAAGAUCGUUAAAUCAAGCUCUCGUAAUUUUUUUCGUUUUUCAUUUUUAUUUCGUUCGUCGUCGUCAAAUCAAUAAUGUUAUCGGAAACUAUACCGUUUUGUUCGAAGUAUUGGUAUCAUAUCGUUAUCUUACUGUGCCUUUGUUAUUUCUACGAGGAUAUACAUCGUCGAAUUAAACGAGGUAUUUUGUCGAUUUUUACAAAGGUAUUUAAAUAUCCAGAUGGUAUCGGAACGACGGAUCAGAACGAAGCGUUAGACAAAGAGGAGACGGAUAUUAAAGAUAACGAAGAGGAGGAAUUUAUAGAGUCUGCAUUACCGAAAGAUUUGAAACACGUACCUUACCGAUAUGUUAAACCGAACGACGAGGAAUUAUUAAUAAGAGCAAAUAAAUUUUAUGAAAUAACGAAUGCGAGAAGAACUGUAAGAUAUUUUAGCGAAGAAAAUGUUCCGAGAGAAGUGAUACGUUAUAUUAUCAAAGCUGCAGGUACUGCUCCCAGUGGUGCUCAUACAGAACCAUGGAGUUUCGUGGUAGUAUCAAAUAAAACAAUGAAAAUUCGUAUACGUGAGAUCGUCGAAAGAGAGGAAGAAAUUAAUUAUAAAAAAAGAAUGGGAAAAAAAUGGACGUCAGAUUUACGUCCAUUGAGAACUAACUGGAUCAAGGAAUAUCUCACGACUGCGCCAUAUUUGAUUCUAGUUUUCAAACAGGUUUAUGGUUUCUUACCGAAUGGAAAAAGAAAGGUUCAUUAUUAUAAUGAAAUGAGCGUGUCCAUUGCCUGUGGUAUUCUUUUAACUGCCAUCGAGGUAUUUCCUUUCUCCGUAUCGUAUUACCUUUUUUUUUUUUUCUUACUUUCACUUUUAAUUUCUUCUUCUUCGUUUUCUUUUUUUCUUUUUUCCUUCGCGAUAUAUCGAUAUUUCCUUUAUUUUUAUUUCUAUUUUUAUUUCUUUUUUUUUAAUGAUCCUUCACCGUUACAGUACACAGGUCUGGUCACUUUAACUUCUACACCUUUAAAUUGUGGUCCAGCGAUACGUGCUCUACUUGCACGUCCCAUUAACGAAAAGUUGGUUUUAUUAUUACCGGUUGGUUAUCCUGCGAAGGACGCUACCGUUCCCGAUCUUCAACGCAAAUCAUUAUCAGAGAUCUUAACAGAAAUCGAAUAACAUUGGGUUGUCUGUUACAACUCCCUCUUUUUUUUUUUUUUUUUUUUUUUUUUUUUAAAUAAAAUUAUUAUCAUUAUUAAUCUGUCAUCGUUAUUGAACAUUUCUGUUUAAUAAGGAAAAAUAGGAAGAAAACAAAACAAAAGAAAAAAAAAAAAAAGAAAAACAAAAAAGAGUAUUCCGUCUUCCUUGCAAAAGUAACAUAGUCUCUUAGACUUAUUUGUCAAGUUUGAUUUUAAGACGUUGGCUGGCAUAAAGUAAAAUAAAAAAGGAAAGAAAAAAAAAGAAAAUGAGAAACGCCCUUCCAAAAAAGAAAAGUUUUAGAAAGUGUCUCUGUGUGUAAUUGAAAUAUGAAAGAAAUUUUUAUUACUAUA